AUGAGGAUGAGGCAGCACUGCAAGUGGUGGGCGAAGAACGGCCCGGCUUGGUCAAGGCACCCGCCGUUGGGCGUCGACCACGCUAGUGCCACCAAUGAACAGGAAGAUGCGGUGGAGGAGGUGGAGGGGGUGAAGGGGUGGAAGGCGAUGAAGACGAUGAAGGCGAUGAAGGCGAUGAAGGCGGGCGUCCAAACGGAAACGGACGGGGUAGAGGACGCGGUGGUAGAGGACGCGGUGGUAGAGGACGCGGUGGUAGAGGACGGGGUAAUCAAGGAGGGUCUAGCCAAGGAGGCCCUGGUCAAGCAGGCGGUGGUCAAGAUGGCGGUGGGAGAGGGCGCGGUGGGAGAGGGCGCGGUGGGAGAGGGCGCGGGAGAGGAGGGGCUGGCCAGGAAAGGGAUGGAACCCAGACGAAGAUGCAUGCCUAUGUCACUCCAACAAACACUAGAGCUCAGUAGGCCUCUGGCUUAA